GACAAGCAACAGGCUGACAACACCGUACAGUCGUUAAAACACUUGCAAGUGAUCGUGCUCUGUAUACACCUGGCUUUGUGUGACUGGAGAGUGCUAAGACCUGGCAACACGGCCUGACGUGUGGAUUCACAGCUGGACUACAAGGCUAACACCACGCGUCUCCUGUGGUCACUUCCCCAUGAUAGAGAAAAGCUCUCUCAUCCUCCGUAUUUCCCUGUUGUUGUGUCCUUUCCUGCUGUAGGAAGUAUAAAUAACAGUCGUCUAGGUAUCUUCCUAAGGCUGAAUAUUAGUUGUGGGGUAAAGUGGCCGGCCCCCUGUGUCACAAGUGUCAUCAGGAUAGCUACCCAUGGCCCAUGCUGACAACAGGUGCCUGCUUCAUCAUGACCUGAGAGUUGCAACAGAGGACAGGUGGGGCGCUUGCCCCUGUAAAUGAGUGCAGCCAAUGACAAACUCGACUAAACUUCAGACCCCAGAGAUUGUUGCUGUCAAAACAAUCAGCUACCUGGCCUGUGUCAUCAUCAGAAAACAAGAACGAACAAUCCCGUGAGGGCUGAAGGACACACAGCAUGCAGACUGACCACACUUCCCGUUUAGCGCAGUUCGCCGCCUUCACAGCCUGGGCCAUCCGCCGCAAGUCCCAGCCUGUCCUCUCUGACCCCGGGACACACGGAAGUCAGGGGCAGUCAGAUGCAGCGGUCAGCCUUGUGCGCAUGUCAAAACUGUCCCCAGUUAGAGAAAAUACUCAUCUCACAAUGAAUGUCGGUUCUGCUGCGCCACCUCCGCCCCUGCCUCCCAGACCAAACGUCAUGCCGGAACUUCCCAGACUGCCCCCAACCGGCAACAGAAGAAAGAGCUCCACCCCUGAACAUCCUCCAGAGCCGCCGCGCAGAGUGUCUUCUUUAUCCACUACAAGCAUCGAUGAUUUUGAAGCACGGUUCCAGUUUCAUUCUGAAGCGACGUUUCCGCAGCCAGAAGCGUUUUCUAACGGAAAGAAAACUUACUCAAGCGUCGUGGCCAAGACCCAAACGAUUAAACCAUCAUCUCCACCUCCUCCUCAGCCUCCUCCUCGACCCCCACCGCGAUGAGCAUCGAUGGUCUGGUGCAGGAGCCAGCAUGAUGGACGUUGUGUGGAUGUGGGAUAUAUGUAUAUGGACAGAAUACUUGUCCCUGUAAGCAACUGUUGUGUGUGGUGCUGCUUUGACAAACACUCUCCACAGCAGCAACGGCGAGUGGCGAGAAAUCGGGACAAAGGUUUAAACCGAUAACGACAUCUCGAUUUAAAAACCCAUGGAUUUCUGCGUCUAUCAAAGACAACAACAGUCUGUUUCUACAAUCGUGUCUGUUUAAUUUAAAGCUGCAUUGUGUGACAAUUUCAAGGAAACAAAUGUUAGUAAACACUGUGACAAUUUACAAUUUGGUGUUAAGGGCAUGGAGUGCGGUUCAACUGCAAGUACUUCAUGCUUGAAGUAAUCAAAAUAUCAGUUAUUCUUGCACUGGAUACAAACUAAAGUCAAAUUAAAUAAUGCAUUUUAACUCACUGGCACUAGUAAGACUUCAUUAAGGUACAGUCACUAGUAAAACGAAGACUUUAUUAAAGGCAUCGCAAUUCCACAGCAAUAAGCAUCUCAACAUGUUCGCUGUCGCAAUCGUUACCUGUAAGGAAAAUCAGUGCCUUCUAGAAAUAAAGUGUGGUGCUUUUAUCAUCAACAUC